UUACUUUCGUGUCAAAACACUAAUUAUUACAACAUGUCUAUGCGUCUUCCUUCUGCCGAUGAGCUUGAACAACUCGAAGAUAUUGAAAAGCAAUGGGCUGUCAAGGCCAUGCAUCACGCCGAGACUUAUUUCAAAUUGAUUUCUGCUAUUGAUCCCAAGAAACUCAAGUUAACAAAGAUCGAUGAUGAAAUCUUAAAGGAUUUUGAAGAGACCUUUCCCGAAAUUAAUGUCGAACAUUUAGAUGAUAAGGAUUUUAAGACUGCUGCCGCAAAGGAGAAAUGGAGACUUUUUAUCAACAAGUAUGAAAAGAGAGUGAAUGAAUAUAAUUUUGGAUCCUUGAUCCGUAUUGAUUGUAGAGAGGAUUAUACUGAGGAAAACACCAUGUUUGGUGUCCGCAUGCAGUUCUAUGCUGUUGAAAUUGCCAGAAACAAAAAGGGAUUGAAUGAUGGUUUACGUAACAAGAAAUAGAUUUAAUAAUAAAACCUUGGCAUUAUGCAUUACGAUAGGAGUCCUGUGCCUCCUUUAUGUUGGGGGGUGGCAAUAAAAUAUCUUGACAACAAUUAUUAAAUUGUAAUAUGUGUAAGGAGAUGUAUUAUGUAUAUGCGCGGAUUGGG